AAGUUCCUGCUUUUUUUUUUUACAUUUCCAAGGACUUGAUUGUUUCAAGAAUAAACAGCUUUCCUCUACACACGCACACAUAUAUGCAGCGUGUGUACCGAGAAGAGUGAGUUUGUUAUUUUUUUCCUCUGUGGAGACACACUCUGGGCUUGGCACCUCUGCCAUGGCCCUGGUGAGGUUCAAGGAACUGGGGGGAGAUGAACCGAUCUUAGAAGAGGAGAACUUAGACAGCGUCAAGGCCUUGACAACAAAGUUGAAGCUACAGACACGGCGCCCAUCCUACCUGGAGUGGAAAGCCCAUGUGCAAAGUCCCUCCUGGAGAAAUGGGCUGCGGGCUGGAGCUCUGAAGACCCACCUGGAGAAACAGGGUGAAGAGACAGUAGGAGAGGAGAAUCAGGCCCAGGGACCCUUGAAGUCUGUUUGUGGGUUCCCCGACAUGGGUAUGGCCUUUGAAUGGCUUCGGAUGGAACUGAGGAAGAUGCAGGCCAUGGACCACCAGCUGGCACGGCAGCUGAUGGGGCUGCGGGCCCAGAUCCAUCAGCUGAAAGUGGAGCAGGCUUGCCAUCGCCAUAAAGAGAUGCUGGAUGACGCCACCUUUGAGUUGGAGGGCUGCGAGGAGGACUCGGACUUGCUCUGCAACAUUCCUCCCAAGAUGGCCUUCCUCUUGUCUACCCCUCUCAAGCACAUUGGAGUCACACGCAUGAAUAUAAACUCCCGCCGCUUCUCCUUAUGCUGAUGGACCUUCACCUCAUUGCAUAUUUGCUUGGCGCUUGUGCCUGUUAGCAACCAGGGGGUAUCUUGGUUCCAUUGCGCACACCUGUAGAUUUUGUGCCUGUGUAGAGCAACCUAUGUCUUGCUUGACAAUCAGUGUCCUUUUGGUGAUUCACAGGCCUAAGGAGGGUCUGGCGGAGAACAAACUUCAGUCUCUCUUCAGCAGGUUCAAAGAAGGGCAAACCCAAAGUUUAGCCAGCCAAGGGACAGGGUUCACAAGCUGCAUAUCAACGUUUGUGACCUUUAAGGUCUUGUCUGCUGUGUCUCUCUGGACUGUCCUCAUGACUUGGCCAAGGACACAGGAGGGGCACUGACCUCAAGGGAAAGAAUGUUGCUCCUCAAUGUGUCUCUUUUACCUGUUCCUCAUUUAUUUUGACCUCUUAUGUUUUAAAAGCCUACUAAUUUUUAUUAUAUGCCAGUUGAUGUGGCUUUGAGAAGCUGCGGUAAGGUAAACACUUUAAAAACAGCAAUAAAAGGUGAGUCACUUGAGCAUUGUGUGUUGUUUAUGAAUGUGUAGCUUUGUGCUCUGCCAAAGCCCAGCUCCACUUCAGCUUUAGACCGGUUGGGCUUUCCAAGUGCUUUUCCCCUUUCCUCUCUAUUUACA